CCCCUGGCCCCUCUGCGUGCUUGGACCCUGAGACCCCGAGGUUGUCUGGGCGCGCAUCGCCCCUUGGCGGGGUCAUCUCCGAAGUCAUCAGGACCGCCGGCAUCUGCGUGGGCGCAGCAGCCAGCCACUUAGAAGGAUCGUGGGUCGGCUGGAGGUCAGUUGAAGAGAGCUGCUGUCUCAGCUGUGGUAAGAAGAUUUGGGUGUACAGACUCCGUAUGUGAGCCAAAAGAUUAAUGAGGGGAACAGAAACACUAAGGCCAGAGCAGUGAUGACAACAAAAAUGGAAGCAGAAAGGAGGAGGAGUGCUCCAUCUCAUAUCCUGGGUAAAGCCUUACAAAAGCGGCCUGGUACCAGGAAAAGUCCUUCUGCUAGUGUUGACACAUCUGCAUUUCUGUCAUCAUUUAUGUGCUCCAGUAGGACUCUGCUGAUUGAUGCCCCAGUAGAGCUGAAAAGAGGCCUGCAGAGGCAGGAGCGACACCUUUUCCUAUUCAACGAUCUGUUUGUUGUGACUAAAAUCAAAUAUAACAACAACUUUAAGAUAAAACAUAAAAUUAAAUUAACUGAUAUGUGGACAGCAACCUGUGUGGAUGAAGUGGGAGAAGGCAACACCAAUGCCAUGAAAUCCUUUGUCUUGGGCUGGCCCACAGUGAACUUUGUGGCCACUUUCAGUUCUCCAGAACAAAAGGAAAAAUGGUUCUCUCUCCUUCAGAGAUACAUCAAUGUAGAGAAAGAGAAGGACUACCCAAAGAGCAUUCCGCUCAAAAUCUUCACCAAGGACAUUGGAAAUUGUGCCUAUUCUAAAACUAUAACAGUAAUGAAUUCAGAUACAGCGAAUGAAGUUAUCAACAUGUCAUUAACAAUGCUAAGGAUAACUGGCUCUGAGAGAGAUUACCAGUUAUGGGUCAAUUCUGGCAAAGAAGCAGCACCAUUCCCACUCAUUGGGCAUGAAUAUCCUUAUGGAAUUAAAAUGAGCCACCUUCGAGACACUGCACUCCUGACACAGGGAUCAAAGGACUCCACCACACCUCUCAACUUCCAGGACCCCUUCCUUAUGGAACAGCUGCCCCAAGAGAUGCGGUGCCAGUUCAUCCUGAAGCGCAGCCGUCUGGCUAUGGCCCAGCAACGGAGUGAUUCAAAUCAGAAGACAUUUAAGAGGAGAAGAUCUAUCUUAAACUGGGCCUUUUGGCGAGGCUCUAGCACUCACCAGCACAACUUGCCCAUAUCUCCAACAUCUCCUGUGCCAGGACAGCUGUUUGGAGUUUCUCUGCCAAAUAUUUGUGAGAAUGAUAAUCUGCCCAAACCUGUCUUAGAUAUGCUUUACUUUCUUAAUCAAAAAGGACCCCUAACAAAAGGAAUCUUCAGGCUAUCAGCCAGUCUGAAAUCCUGCAGAGAGCUAAAAGAGAAACUGAAUUCUGGAGUCGAAGUACACCUAGACUGUGAAUGUAUUUUUGUGAUAGCAUCUGUUUUAAAGGAAUUUCUGCGAAAUAUUCCUGGAAGCAUUUUUUCAUCAAAUCUCUACGAUCACUGGGUCUGUGUAAUGGAUCAAGGAAACAAUGAAGAGAAAAUAAAUACAAUUCAAAGGCUAUUAGACCAGCUUCCAAGAGCAAAUGUUGUUCUCCUAAGGUAUCUUUUUGGUGUAUUACACAACAUCGAACAACAGUCCUCGUGUAACCAGAUGACUGCAUAUAAUUUAGCUGUGUGUAUCGCUCCAAGCAUACUUUGGCCUCCUCUUUCCUCCAGGCCAGAAGUAGAAAGUGAAUUUACAAAAAAGGUUCCCCUGCUUGUACAGUUUCUGAUUGAAAAUUGCUGCACGAUAUUUGGUGAAGAAAUUACUUCCCUCUUAGGAGAGACUUCAGUGAGAUGUGACACUAGAGAGAAUGCCUCAGCUAUCUCUUGCUUCCAACCAAGUGACUCUUCCCAUGACAGCUUGGAAAAUGAAGUAAAUGGGGAUGUGGAUGCUCCAUGUAGUGACUUGGCAAAUAAACUUGACCAGAGUAGCAGAAGGAUGGACUCUGUCUUAACCCUCAGUGACCAUAACCUUGACCAGCCUGAGGUUGAAGGCUUUUUAACCCCGAGUGACUUUGACUUAGAUCAGUCUAAAGAUGAAGACAUUCAAAGGAACCAGCCUCUUGAAUCCAAGCUGAUGACCGCUAUAGUGAUGUACAGAGAGGCUCUUCCACUGCAGGAGCAUUUCAGUGCCCCAUCUGACUUGUGCUCACCCAGCUACCUGUCCUCAGAUGCAACAGAUGCUCCAAAAACCCUGAGUCGACUCCAGCGCUGCUCGAAGCCCUGCACCAACUAUCUAGAUUCUAAGCUUUCCUCUCUCAGGGAGUUUUAUCAGAAAAAGUUAUGCAAGUCCAGCCAUGUUGCAAUUUUCUCUCAAAAAGAUGAGGAUUAUCUGAAGCAGAAUCAAUCUCUCCAGGAAGGGGAUAAGACAUGUUUUAAACAGAGUUCAGUCACAAGCACUAAUGUCAGCAAGGAAAAUGCCACCAAUCAAAACAUUAAGAAGAAAAGCAUCAUGUCUGGUACUGAAGGAAAUCAUGAAAAACUUUUCCCUAAGUCCAAGCCAGUGUCCUUUUCUGUGGCAUCAUAUAGUCAUAUGUCCUCACAAGAUCAUUCCAGGAACCAGCCCUUUGAUGAAGAUACAUCGGGAUACUCCCUGCCACACACAACAGGUACCCUCAAGAGUUCAAGGACACACUGGCACUGCUCAGAGCCCAACAUAGAUAACCAGCACAGCAAACUGAUCUAUCUCAGGGGGAUUGAUUCAAAGAAACAUAAAACCAGCUGUGAAGCUGGUCUCUUGCAGGGAGAGGAGGAUUAUCUCAAACAGCAUAAGUCUUUGCAAAUGGAGGGUCAAAAGCUUAUUAAUCAGAGUUUGGUCAUGGGGAUUGAGUUGGGCAAGAGUAGUGCCACAAACCAAAACUCUGAGAAGGUUUUACCCCCAAGAUUAAGCCUUUGCCCAAAGACUAGCUGUUCCAGCUCAUCCUCCCCAGGCACUUCCGCAUCUGGCUCAUCAGCGAGCUGUCAGGACAGUCCUUUUUCUCAGAUUUCUGAACAUUCCGUGUUUACACCCACUGAAACUCCCUCUCCAAUAGAUUGCAAUUUUCAGGCUCAAAGAAAACAGGGAGAGCUUUCUUCUGACUUUAGCAGUUCCAACUUCAUUUCUGGAAUGCCUGGUCCGUCAUCAGGGCAGGGCAGCAGCCACCUCAUCAAUACAAAUAAGGAUAGUGGAGGGUGGCAUUCACGAAUGCGUUCUAUAACUCUUCACCUCAACACAUGGUUGAGAAAUGGUAUAGCCAGUUUGAGAAACUGGUCCCUCAAAACGAAAGCAAAAGCAGCCAGGCCAGAGGAAAAUAAAAUAGGUUCUCUAAAAGGACUUUCAGAGCCACCUCCUCAUGCUUCUGGUGUUGCAGAAGCCAACUCACUGGAAGAGAGACAGAAAGACAUGCCCAUGAAGGCAGUGGAAGGACUUGGUACUGUGCAGACAACCCAUUCAUAUAAUUCUUCUCCCUCCCAGGAAUCAGAGAGACACAGCAGCUCUCCAUUCAGCCUAGUAGACAGCGCACUCAAACUGUGUAUGAAGUCCCACAAGGAAGUCAAGCUUGUAGGUCAGGGCUUUUCUAGAGUUCUGCGUUGGGGAAGAGCCUCAGCCGGCUAUCAGAGAAUGGAGGAUAUGGCCAGCCCAGACAUUUAACCAAAGACAUUUAACCACAAUGAGGAUCCGACAUCUACGAGAACAAGAACUGGGCUAAUAAUAUAAAGAUGAUAGUUAUGACCCCUUUGUACAAGAUAUCUGGGAUAGGUAGCAUAAGGAUAAUUAUUGCUAAUACUUAUGAAUUAUUGCUAAUACUUUCAUGAAUUUGAAAAUGCAUGAUGUAAAAUCACAAGCAGAGCCCCAUUUAAAUCAGUCAUCUUACUUUUAGCCUGAGCUAUACCUUACUGUUACCUAGUGGCAAAUGUGACUUAUGGUAUCUGCUGGUUUUGAGGCAAAAAGAAUUAUGUCUUUAAAGCUACUUUUGCAAGUUUAAGGUCAAAGAGGGAAACAAGCUACACAACCUACAACAGGAUCUUCCAAAUAAAUUGAAUGUGUCAGCCAUCUGGAAUUCUUAUAAAAAUUGAUAAAUUCCCCCAAAUUUAAAGAUAAUAAAAGCAUAUACUUAAUUUAGCAUACUACUGAAACUGCCUAUAAGACUUUAAAGGCAGUAAAAGUAUUAGUCAUUUCUGAAUCCUAAAUGCCUGUAUUUUACUUUCCUGCCAGUUUAUUCAGUAAAAACUCAAAAUGGGUUUUAAACAUUGGUUUUAGUAAAAGAAACCAUAAAAAUGUAUUUGAGCCUGCACCAUAUAUAUAAUUAAGAAAAAACUUUUGAAGAUCUUUAUGUCUUAUUUCCUGUUUUCUUUAGAUGUCAAAAUAUUUGUCAGCAGUUAUAUUUUCUCUUUCACUAAUCUAUCUUCUGUAUGUAACAACUAGCAAAACCUGAAGAAAAUGUAAUUAUCAAGAAAUUUUAUUAAAACCCUGCUACAGCCUGGCAGUUCUAUGCCACCCUUCUGGGGCUCACCUGCUGAUUAUGUGUUGAGAGGAUAGGUCACCUUCACUGUGUUGGUGGGCAAUUGGUGGGUUCAUUGCCAAGGAUGCAUCAGGUUUUAAAAGUAGGAUGAAUUCUGUGAUGGAGAUCUCGAUGAGAAAAUUGGUUCGUUAUCUGAAUUUCCGUAGAUAAAUGGACUGUACUUCAAUCUGGGAUUUGUCACUAUAGGAAUGAUAGAAGCAUGGGGCAUGAAGAGUUCAUGCUACAAAGGGAAAUGACUAUGGUGAGAACACAGAUCACCACAAAAUAGAAAGCAGGAAAGGAAACUGAGUAGGCCAAGUUGAGGAAACAAGGAGUUUAUUGUACUUGACGAAAAGCAAACCCUGAUGAAUGACAGCCAAUAAACGUUAAAUGUAUGAACUGUAUAA